AUGCCACCGUCGCCUCGCACUCCGCCAGCCCCUUCCACUCCGCCAGGCCAGCCCCACACGACCUACCAGUCCUUCGCAGACCUCUCGCCCUCCUCUCCGCCUCCCCACCCGAGUGGCUCGCCUGGGACGCGGUCGAACCGGCGACGGAGCUUCCGAGCGCUAGGACGGGGUGCAGGGGGUGGGGAUGGGCGAGACGAGCGGGAUCCAGACGGGAAAGACAGCGUCGGGAAGGACGAGUCCGAGGAGGGCGAGUGGACGACUUGGCGGCUCAAUACGCUCACAGUGGGCAUACUGGGAGCGCAAUUAGCCUGGACAGUAGAGAUGGCCUACGGCACGCCUUACCUUCUUGGUCUGGGCUUGUCGAAGGAGGCGACUAGUUUGGUGUGGAUGGCGGGACCGCUGAGCGGGCUGAUCGUCCAGCCAGUCGUCGGCGCCCUCUCCGACUCCUCCCCCGGCGGCUUCCGCCGGCGCUUCUACAUCGUCCUCUCGACCCUCCUCAUCAUCCUCUCGACCAUCGUCAUCGCCUACGCGCGCGAACUUGCCUCUCUACUCUGCUCGUCAUCGAUUUUUGGCGGUGUAGGCGACUGGGACCCGCAGCGGAAGGAGAGGGAGAGGUUGGUCGCCAUUGCGGCGGGGGUGUUGGGGUUCUACGUCCUCGAUUUCAGCUUGAAUGGGCUGCAGGCUUCGUUGCGGGCCCUCGCACUCGACCUCUCCCCCCUCUCGCUCCAAUCCCUCUCAACCGCCUGGCUCGGCCGCCACACCCAUAUCGGCAACAUCCUCGGCUACCUCUUCGGCUAUCUCGACCUCGGCCACUCGCCACUCCUCUCGUGGCUCGGGGACGGCCAGUUCCGCAAACUCAGCGCGAUCAGUUUGGUUGUGCUUGCGGGGACGGUGGGCGUGACUUGUUGGUGCUCGGAGGAGAAGGAGCGGAAGGGAGAGGAGGAGAACGGGAAGGAGGGAGUGUGGAGCAAGGUGGUGGACGUUGUCAGGGACGUGAGGGAUAAUGUGAGGGAGCUGCCGAUGCCGGUCAGGAGGGUGUGCUACGUCCAAUUCUUCGCGUGGACUGGAUGGUUCCCCUUCUUGUUCUACAGCACCACCUACGUCUCCGAGACACUCUACGCCUCACUCCCGCCCUCGACUCCACCUCCCUCGUCCGACUCGGCAACCCGGCUAGGCUCGCUCGCCCUCCUCCUCUAUGCGCUCGUCUCCCUCCUGACGGGCACCCUCCUCCCCUUCCUCACCUCCCUCUGCACGACCUACCCCUCUCUCCCCUCGCGCCUCCCUCGCUGGGCUCGAAUCGCCCUCUCAAACCUCAGCCCGCGCGGGUGCUGGGUCGCUGGGCUUGUUUGGUUUGCAGUGGUCAUGGAAGGGACGUUCUUUGUGAAGGGAACGAAGGGCGCAAUGGCGGUUGUGGCGCUGGCGGGCGUGCCGUGGGCUAUCAACUGUUGGGUCCCCUUCGCGCUCGUCAUGGAAUGCAUCCGCGAAUUGGAAGACUCGCCUCCUCCCUCUCCUUCGUCCUCCACCGCCUCUACUCCUCCGCCCUCGUCUCCAACUCAGGCCUCUCCUCGCGCGCCGCCGCGUCUACGCGACCGCCCUCCGUUCCGCGCCACGACCCUCCGCCAUCCUUCUUACCACGGCCUGCCCUCUUCCUCCCCUCACCGCACUCCCUCUUCUCCCUCUCACCCCUCUCACCAGCCCGACUCGCGCACGCCCCUCCUCUCUCACCCGACAGACGACCCCCAACCUCGCCGCAAGCAACCAGCAGGCGGCACGAUCCUCGGCCUGCACAACCUCUCGAUCGUCGUCCCUCAAUUCUUCGUCGCGCUCGUCUCGGCUCUCAUCUUCCGUCUCACGGCUCACUCGCCUUCUUCUGAAGCAGGAGCGGGAGGAGGGGAAGGGGAGAGUGUGGUUUGGGUUCUGAGGUUCGGCGGGUUGGCGAGUUUGGUGGGUGCGGGUGUGUGCGCGUGGGUUGUCAAGGAGUCGGGGAGCGAGAGGGCGUAUAGUGAGUGGGUUAGGAGUGGGCGGCGGAGGAUGGAUGGGGACGAGGAUGAGGACGUCGGAGAGGGGAGCGUGUAG